AUGUUUAUCGCGCGGUCAGAAUAUGGUACCCCAAGACCGUGGUAUCAAGUGAGCCUACCUAGCGAUGCCGUUGAAAUUACUCUUGGGAGGUCAAUCUUUACUCAUCUAUCGCCUAACAGUACCUUCUCGCCGGAAGGUCGUCUCUUCCAAGUCGAAUACUCUCUCGAAGCGAUAAAAUUAGGGUCAACAGCAAUCGGAGUCGCAACUUCAGAAGGGGUCGUAUUGGGUGUCGAAAAGCGGGUAACCUCCACUCUCCUGGAAACAUCAUCUGUAGAGAAGAUCGUCGAAAUAGACCGACAUAUCGGUUGUGCAAUGUCUGGUUUGCAGGCUGAUGCCCGGUCGAUGGUCGAACAUGCACGUGUCGAGAGCCAAAAUCACGCAUUUAACUAUUCAGAGCCUCUCAGAGUUGAGAGCUGUACGCAGGCUAUAUGCGACUUGGCGCUGAGAUUCGGCGAGGGAGCUGAUGGUGAGGAGAGUGUAAUGAGCAGACCAUUUGGUGUCGCGCUGCUCAUUGCGGGUUAUGAUGAGGAUGGGCCACAAUUAUACCAUGCGGAGCCGUCGGGCACUUUCUACCGAUACGAUGCCAAAGCUAUUGGCUCUGGGAGCGAAGGCGCGCAGGCGGAGCUCCAAACCGAAUACCACAGAUCCCUUUCCCUUGCGGAAGCCGAGACCCUUGUGCUGAAAACCUUGAAACAGGUGAUGGAGGAGAAGCUGGAUGCUAAGAAUGUGCAGCUGGCCAGCGUGACCAAGGAUUUGGGAUUCCGCAUUUACGGGGAGGAGGAGAUGGGACGGGUUGUUUCGACUUUGGGAGGAAAUUAG